AUGCCCCACCACGUGACCGCACAGAAAUUCGAAAACCUACCGCAGCACAAAUUUAGCGAACCUCCUUCCCACGACCCUCGGACAAGCAAGUUUGCAACGACAAGCCGGUCAAAGUUGCCCAUCAUGUCUCUCGUAUCGGGCGAGAAGAGCAACUUCAACCACAUUCUGCGUCUGCUCAACACCAACGUUGACGGCAAGCAGAAGGUCGUUUACUCCUUGACCAAGAUCAAGGGUGUCGGUCGCCGUUACUCCAACCUGGUGUGCAAGAAGGCCGAUGUCGACCUGAACAAGCGUGCCGGUGAGCUCACCUCUGAAGAGCUGGAGCGCCUGGUCACCAUCAUCCAGAACCCCACCGCCUACAAGAUCCCCGGGUGGUUCCUGAACAGGCAGCGCGACAUCAUCGAUGGCAAGGACUCUCAGAUCCUGGCCAACGGCGUCGACUCUAAGCUCCGUGAUGACUUGGAGAGGCUGAAGAAGAUCCGGGCCCACCGUGGUCUCCGUCACUACUGGGGUCUCCGUGUGCGUGGUCAGCACACCAAGACGACCGGUCGCCGUGGCCGGACCGUCGGUGUGUCCAAGAAGAAGGGUGGUUAA